UCUGUCCUCCGGAUCUGCGGACGAUCAUGGCAAUGAAGAUCCAAAGUGUGAAGACCAAGCCGUACCAGGACCAGAAGCCGGGCACCAGCGGGCUCAGGAAACGGGUCACCGUCUUCCAGCAGAACCCCAACUACGCCGAGAACUUCAUCCAGAGCAUCAUCUCAUGCACGGAGCCCGGGGACAGACUGGACGGGGUGCUGGUGGUCGGCGGCGACGGCCGAUUCUGGGUGCUAUAUUUUAAUAAGCUCGCCGUCGAGACAAUUGUUCAAAUGGCUGCCGCAAACGGGAUUGGCCGGCUAGUCAUCGGACAGAACGGCAUCCUCUCCACCCCGGCCGUGUCCUGCAUCAUCCGUAAGAUCAAAGCCAUCGGCGGCAUAAUCCUAACCGCCAGCCACAACCCCGGCGGUCCCAAUGGAGACUUUGGAAUUAAAUUCAACACUUCAAAUGGAGGGCCGGCACCCGAAGCCAUCACAGACAAGAUCUUUCAGCUCAGCAAAACCAUCGAGGAAUACGCCAUCUGCCCGGACCUGAAAGUGGACUUAUCGACCAUUGGCAGACAACAAUUCGAUCUGGAGAACAAGUUCAAGCCAUUUACCGUUGAGAUUGUGGAUGCGGUAGAGGCCUACGGCAACAUGCUGAGAAAUAUCUUUGACUUCAGUGCCUUAAAGGAACUGCUUUCAGGACCCAAUAGGCUAAAAAUCCGACUUGACGCCAUGCACGGAGUUGUUGGGCCGUAUGUGAAGAAGAUCGUGUGCGAGGAGCUGGGCGCCCCGGCAAACUCUGCUAUAAAUUGCAUCCCCCUGGAGGAUUUUGGGGGUCACCACCCUGACCCGAACUUGACCUAUGCAUCGGAGCUGGUGGACACGAUGAAGACGGGAGAGCACGACUUUGGGGCGGCAUUCGAUGGGGAUGGGGACCGCAACAUGGUUCUUGGGAAGAAUGGAUUUUUCGUCAAUCCUUCGGACUCCGUGGCUGUAAUCGCAGCCAAUAUUUUCAGCAUCCCCUACUUCCAGCAGACGGGUGUGCGAGGGCUGGCGAGGAGCAUGCCGACCAGUGGAGCUCUGGACCGGGUGGCAAAAGCUACAAAGAUCACCUUAUACGAGACGCCGACCGGGUGGAAAUUCUUCGGGAACUUGAUGGACGCCAAUAAGCUGUCGCUGUGUGGCGAGGAGAGCUUUGGAACAGGAUCUGAUCACAUCCGGGAAAAAGAUGGCCUCUGGGCUGUCCUGGCCUGGUUAUCGAUCAUUGCUACCCGCAAACAGAGCGUAGAAGACAUCCUGAAAGACCAUUGGCAGAAAUUCGGGAGAAAUUUCUUCACCAGGUACGACUACGAGGAGGUCGACUCCGAAGGCGCCAACAAGAUGAUGAAAGACCUGGAAGCCGUCAUGUUCGACCGUUCCUUUAUCGGGCAGAAGUUGGCGGUUGGAGACAAAGUUUACACUGUUGAAAAAGCUGACAACUUUGAAUACAGCGAUCCGGUUGAUGGAAGCAUUUCAAGGAACCAGGGAUUAAGGCUCAUCUUCACCGAUGGCUCCCGUAUCAUCUUCCGACUCAGUGGUACCGGCAGUGCCGGAGCAACUAUCAGGUUAUAUAUAGACAGCUACGAAAAGGAUGCCCCCAAAAUAUACCAGGAUCCUCAGGUAAUGCUGGCCCCUCUGGUUACCAUAGCACUUAAACUGUCCAAGCUGGAAGAGAGGACGGGCCGCACAGCCCCAACGGUCAUCACAUAAGCGGACAAGGCUUCAUCGCAACUGAAACAUGGAUUAUUGUUCACCUGUCCACCUCGUCUGCCCCUCCCCCUCCCUCCUGUCCUGUCUGUCAAUGUAGUUCGUCACUCAGCAAUGUAUGUGAACUGGAGAUAGAAGCUGAAGAAAGUAAAUUUAUUUGGAAA